GUUACCCUCCCACUUCCGUUCUCGGCCGAAAUUGCGUGUUCCCGGUUUACAGAUUUACCCCAACAGCCACGCUGGUCGCCUUGGAUUACAAGUGUUGAAUAUCAGGGCACAGAAUCCCAAUGGAAAGUGAAUGUUCGAGGAAUUUCUCUCACCUGGAAAGCUAUAAGUCAAGUUGUGGAGGAUCCCUGGCCAGGGAUUUCGUGGGAGUCUGUUUCGGGUUUGACUAAUAGAGGAAUUGUUGAAUUUGUUCCGGAUUCUGAAACCUCCUGCCUCAUGAAUGUCAGAAUGGCAAUUGUCCCCCCUCGUAUUUUACAGCCUCUCUUCCGCGGAACCUCCGUCUUUAUCGAAGACUUUUUGCGCGACAAGUUGUUGAAAUGGUCUCUCGAGAUGUUUAGGGAUGUUGUUAAG